AUGGUUACACUCAUUAUGAUGGGGAAACUGAGGAUGAAGGCAUCAUUCUGGAUGAAUGAGAAAAUAGAUAUUUCUGAGCUGUGUCAAGCGUUAGAGGACACUUAUCGACGGGCGACACAGAGGGUCUACGAGACGAUUCAAGAGGAGCCUAGCCAAACCAAUUUCAAUGGCAUGACAAAGGACCAAAAGCUCGACAUGAUCAUCGCUAUUCUUGUGAAAUUGGAGGAAAGAUUAAAAGCGGUAGAGAAGGUCCUGGAAAUUGAAUAUCGCAAAACAGAUGAACAAAGAGAGAGCGAUAAACCAGAGCAGGAGACCCAAGAAAAAGAAAGCCAAGAUAAAGAGGUAAAGAAGAAGUUGUUUUACAAAAUCUUUCUUAAAAAAAGUUUAUAA